AUGAGUUCUCUUCAAAAGUACCUUUACUUGUUAAUAGUAAUCUUUAUUAAUUUGUUUAUUGCUGCAUCAAGUUUUGUACCUCUAGGUCGUUGUUUUCAUAGUAGUGUUCUUAUUGGAACUCAACUCUACUUUCUAGGUGGAAUAGAUUCUGAUGAAAUAUUUUAUUUGGAUGUUUCUUUACCUUUCGAUUCCAAAAAACUUUUAUGGACUAAUUUGACGACCAAUGCAUCUAUUCCUAUUAAUAGUGCAUUUGAAACAUCAUGUGUUGGAGGUCAAAAUAAUAAAACAAUUUUUUUAUUUGGACAUCAUAAAAAAGAUAACGAUAAAUUAAAAUAUACAAUAACAUAUACUUUUGAUACAAUAAAUCAAGAAUGGAGCAUACCGACAAUAAUAAAUCCAGAUCAAAUACCUCCAGUUAAACAAAAUAUUAAUGCAGCAUGUGAUCUUAAUGGUAAAAUGUAUAUUUUUGGCGGAUAUAAUCCAAAUUUUCAUAAGUUCGAUAAUGAUAUGUACGUUCUAGAUUCUUUAAAAUUAUCUUGGCAGUAUAUAGCAUCUUCAUCUAUAAUUCAACCGACUGUCCGAUCAGGUUAUACUGCGACACUUUUACCAAAUUCAUUUAUUGUCUAUAUCGGGGGAACAAAUGGUGAUUCUAAAUGCAAGGAAAUUGAUAUGAACGACAUUUCCAUAUUCGACACAAAUUCUGGAACUUGGACUUCUAUGGUAUAUAAGACAUUUUGGUAUCUUUAUUUAUCAGAUGGAUUAAUAGUUAUAUAUGGCGGUACUUCCAAUAAUAAUUCUGAGGUUCCAAAGCCAUCAUUAGCCGUGUUAGAUACAAAGCCUGAAAUUUAUAAAUGGCAUAGAGCUGAAUUUUCAGGAGAAAAAUUUGAUGAAGAGAAUAAUCUUAAUAUCAACGUUUAUAUACUUGAUACAAAAAGUUUUUUAUGGGUUACAUCAGCUUCUCACAAUGCUUCAAGCACAAUGUUUUCAAGUGCAACACCUUCAAAGGCAUUAAUACCUUCAAGGACAAUAAAACCUUCAAGGAAAACACCUUCAAGGACAAUAAAACCUUCAAGGAAAACACCUUCAAAUACAAUAAUCCCUUCAAGGACGACACCUUCAAGUACAACACAUUCAAACGUGACACCUUCAAGCAUAAUACCUUCAAACGUGACAUCUUCAAAUGCGAUACCUUCAAAUGCGAUACCUUCAAACACGGCAUCUUUAACUAAUUCUACUUCAGUCGACAACACACCUAAUAUGAAGAUAGUUGCAGGUCUUUCAAGUACAGCUGGAGCCACUAUCCUUUUUGUCGCGUGUUACUUUAUUUAUCAAAAAUUUAAAUAG